UCUUCCUGAUGUGGAGAAUAAGAGGCAAUGAGCGUCUCUUCCCCUCACAGUCCUCCCCUGUGAUCAGCCAGGGAGACACGCUGCUGCACUGCCCUACAGAGGGGGUGGUUUCUGCUAGUGCUACUGCUGCUGCUGCUGCUACCGCUACACCCGUGACUGCUAGUAGGAGAUAUAUCCUCACAGAUUCCCUCUCCGUAUGGUGACUUCGGGCAGGAUGUCCCCCUGGUGUCUGUUGACCCUGCUGACCCUGGUGCCCCUCACCCUGAGCUCAAAUGCAGGGGUCAAGGUCAAACUUACGCAGAAGGGGCUGGAGUACGCUCGGCAAAUUGGGAUGACAACACUGCAGCAGAAGUUAAAGACCAUCAAGGUCCCUGACCUGAGCGGGACAGAGAAGGUGGCUCCCAUUGGCAAGGUCAAAUACACCCUGUCAGGAAUGCAGAUCACAAGCCUGGGACUGCCCAAGUCUCAGAUGGGCAUGGUUCCAGGCACGGGGGUCAGUCUAGCGAUUGGGAACGCCUUCCUUAGCCUCCAUGGCAACUGGAAGGUCCGAUAUUUACAUUUCAUAAAGGACAGUGGGUCCUUCGACCUGGCAGUGAAGGACCUCACCAUCAACACCAACAUUGCCCUGAAGAGCGACGAGACCGGCCGCCCUGCAGUCAACACCGUCAGCUGUACCUCCAACGUUGGCAGUGCCAGCAUCAAGUUCCACGGCGGAGCCAGCUGGUUGUAUAACCUCUUCAGUGCCUACAUCGACAAGGCCUUGCGCAGCGCCCUCCAGAAGCAGAUCUGCCCCCUGGUGUCCGAUGCCAUAUCAGAACUGAAUCCCCACCUGAAGACUUUAAAUGUUCUGGCACCUGUGGACAAGUAUGCUGAGAUUGAGUAUUCAAUGGUUGCAUCUCCUGUCGUCUCCAAAGCCUUUGUGGACUUCGGCCUAAAGGGCGAGUUUUACAACAUCGGCAGGCACAAGGAGCCUCCGUUCUCCCCGCCAGUCUUCGGUCUGCCUCCGCAGGUCAACAACAUGCUCUACAUCGGUGUCUCAUCUUUCACCGCCAACUCUGCAUCCUUCGUCUACAACAAUGCAGGAGCCUUCAACCUCUUCAUCACAGAUGACAUGAUACCCCCCAGUUCCCCCAUCAGGCUCAACACCAGGACAUUUGGGGCGUUCAUCCCACAGCUAGCGAAGGAGUACCCCGGCCUGAUGAUGAAGCUGUUGGUGAAGACCACCAGGCAGCCCAUCAUCUCCUUCCAGGUCAACAACGUCACGCUGCAGGCCUCUGGCACAGUGACAGCCUACGCCAUCCAGCCCAACACCACCCUCGCCCCACUCUUUAUCCUCAACAUGGAGACCAGUGUCAGUGCUCACAUCUACGUGACCGGGGUGAAACUAGCCGGCUCAGUCAUCCUCAACAGAAUGUCUAUGUCUCUGGGGGCCAGCUAUGUGGGACCUUUUCAGGUGAAAUCUCUCGAUAACAUUUUCCUGAUGGUUUUGAAGGUUGCCGUGCUCCCCAAAAUCAAUGCUCAUCUGCAGAAAGGCUACCCUCUCCCUGCCAUUGGAAAGAUGAGCCUUGUGAACACUCAGCUGCAGGUCUUGAAGGACUACAUGCUGAUUGGAACAGAUGUUUCGUUCAGAGGAUGAGUCAGUCGUUUCCUCCCUCCAACAGCCUUCUCCCUCCAUCUCAGCCUCCCAUUCAACAAAGUCUUAUCUACAGAGUGCAUCGGGGUGUAAUUAAUAACUGCCAAAGACUCAAGUCUGUGCACACUUCAGUGGUCUUUUUAUAAACCACAUAUGCAUUUCUUCACUGUACAUUCUGUUUGCUGUUGGUCUGUGCCUUCAAUGUUCAAGAAUUACAAUAAAUAAAUUUGGGUUUUUCAGUA